AUGUCAAACCCAAAGUAUUUUCCAUGCAAAAUAGGAGAUUAAAACUUUACGAUAGAAUUAUCAUCUACUUCUUUAGAUCUAAUAAAUUAGGAUUAAAGAAUUACCUUUAAACUUUCUCUAAGCCUUAUAAUAACUUGGAUUUUUUAUGGAGAUAAAAUAAUUGGAUUUACAAUUGAAAAUCUCUAGUUUGAAGGGAUGACAGAAGAUAUGGUAAAAUUAAAAAUGAGUUUGGGCUGUCUUGUAACAUUUAAAGGAAUUUUAAAAUUUUAUACUUUUCAAUAGACUAUUUACUUAAAUCAAAACAAUACAACUAAAGUAUGAUUUUGAUAAUUAAAUAUUUAGAUCUGUUAAUUGAUGAGCAAUAGAAAUUUUAGGAUUUAUGCAUGUAAAUGUUAUAAGAAAUGUAAUCGAUCAAUUGAGUCUAUUCAUGAUGAAAUAAAUUUAAUAUUAAAAUUGUAGGGACAUAGGUUUAUUCCAAUGUUAUACGAAGUAUACGAAUCUAAUUCAUGCGUGUAUUUAAUAAUGGAACAUUUAUAUAGACAUUUUGAUAAUGAUUUUACAGAUGAAGAGAUUAAAAUAAUAGUUUAUGUAUGUUUUAUAAUUAUAAAAGAAUUUGCUUUUAUCAAUUAAAAGACUAGAAAAAUUGUUCAUUGCUCAUAAAAGUAUUUCUCGAUCUCAUAUUAUGUUUGAUGAAGAAAAUUAAUUAAAACUAAUUGGAUUUAGUAAUGCAAUUAUCCAAAAAACAACAAAUCAUGAAUAUGAGCUGGACAUUUUUAAAGUAGGUACAUUAAUGUAUAAAUUGUAUUAAAUUAUUAAAUAAUAUAAGCUACAAAAAAGAUAUGUAAGAUGAUUAAAAUCAAUUUCCAGAAAUUCCAGAUUCUGGAAAUGACCUUAUGAAAAAUCUACUGGAAAAUCAAUCAUUUUAUAGAUUUAAUAUUGAUUUAGCCUUAUAGCAUCCUUAUUUUAAUUCUUUAAAUGGAGAUGGAAUUGAUAAAUGUAUUUAUUAUAAAAUAUAUAAGAAUUCUAUUCUAUGAAUCCUAAAUUUAAAGAUAAAAUUGAAGAGACAUAGUCUUUCUAAACUAAAACCUCUGAAAACACUCUAUUAUCAUAAAUAAAAUAAUAAUAUUUUCAAGUAGAUUUGUCAACUGAUUUAUAAAAUUGA